AGAACUCCCAUGGAACUCCGAGGGAACUCCGGGGGAACAACGAGAGAAGCCCUAAAAACCCAGAGAGAACCCCUACAGAACCCCGAGAAAAACCCUACAGAGUCCCAGAGAAUCAACCUCACAUCGACCCGCGAAUACUUUAUAUUGUCUAGUGGCGAUAAACCUCAUGCGCAGCGGUCCCCGCAAAAGUAG